UUCGGCUCCUUACGAAAACAUUGGGAACUGAAGAUCGCAACUAAGAUGAGACUUAAAAUUUUUAGCAUUUUGGCAAUGGUUCUGGUAUUUAUGAUGAGAGUCAUUGGCAAACGAUUGGCGGAUUACAAAUGGUGUACCGUGGCAGUGGAUGGAGUGUGUGCCUAGUUACUUUUCCUAUUGUAAAAUUUUCACAAUAAAAAGUUCUUAUUGAUUUAGCAAGCUUAGCGUUAGUUGAUUUCAGAAAGUAUUUAAAUUAUAUUAGAGCUCCCAGCUGAUCCCAAAGCGUAGAGCUCUGAGAUACACUACAUACAAUGCAGGCAGCCGAAACUGAGCCCAAGCGUACCAAGAGUUAUAUUGAUGAGGUCUACCGCCUCUUGGAAGAAAAGCCAGGGGUCGAAGAUAUAUUAAUCAUGAAUCGUUCGGGUGUGCCGAUCAAAACUUCAAUGGAACGUCAAGACGCACUCCAACAUGCCUGUCUCUAUGAGAACUUGCGUGAAAAGUGUCAGGCAUUUCUAUCGAAAAUGGAGCCACCGCAGCUCCUGACCAUGUUGCGAGUCCGUACCAGAUUGCACGAGGUCCUGCUAACACCUGAUGGCAAGAUAACCGUUUUGGUAGUGCAAAAUCCAAAAGAUACACAUCUUAAGGUUCAGGAUUUAAAUAGCCAUUCCUCCAAUUUUUAAAUAAUUACUCCUAUAUUUAUACACGUUUUUAGUCAUUCCAUUUGUAACACGUAAGACAUUCCUCUCACACUGCACACAGCGCAAACGCACGCAAAGCUGUUCCUUUAUCUGACUACCUGAAUACAAAUUGAAAUCAAAUAAAGUUCUGUAUAGAACAUCUGUAGACUGG